AACAAAACACCUCGCGGUGACGUAACGAAUUAAAACUGGAAGUAAUUCGUAAAUCCCUUUCUUGUUACAAAACGGGCCGCGUAUUGAGGCUAUUAGUCAGUCAUUGUGAACCAGUGAUCCCGUAAACAUCGUGCUCGACAUUUGGACUCCCCAAGUGGAAUCUCUAUACGCAUUCUUGACGCUGUGAUAUUAUUCUCUGUCCAGGCCAGGGGUGUAGGAGGAUUGAUUUACAAAUCAUGUCUUCGUUUACGUCCUCCUUUACCAUCGACAGCAUAUUGUCUCGUCCGACGUAUCGACCGCAAUGUGGCCCCUGCAUGUACUCUCACCCGUACCCUAUCAUGCCAACUCCACCUGGAUAUUUAGUUGGGUUCCCUCGUUAUGCCGAUGUGCUCCGAAAUCAUCCCAAGCGAAAACGACGCCACAGAACUAUUUUCACUGAGGAACAACUCGCGCUGUUGGAAUCUACGUUCGAGAAAACACACUAUCCCGAUGUGCUACUUAGGGAAGAACUGGCAAUGAAAGUUGACUUAAAAGAAGAAAGAGUAGAGGUGAGCCUAGCACUGCUUCAUAUGCAUUGCGAACUUCUCAAGAAGUUUCUAGAUAAUCGCAUUUAAUAAAUCAAACGCCGUAUGUUAUGUGUGUAUUCUUGUCAGCUCGUCCAGUGGAUAGUAAAGGUAUCCAAACAUUUGCUUUUACGAGGGGUUCCAUGACCUUCUUUCCUGUAUGAGCUAUUACAGAAGUACUUUUUUAACCUCUAAAACACAAGGUUAAGCGAACGCACCAAUUCAUGAUGUUACUCAACGAUGGUGUGUCCCUAUUGCGAGUUUAUUGAAUUAUUCCAGUGCGAACACGGAAAUGGGGUGUAAAUUAACAGCGAUAUUCGACGCCUGUGAGACUGAGAAACCCUACUGAGAUUUACAAGAAUAAGCCCCCAAAACCUCGAGUUGAAAAUCGGUGACUUUUGCGAGCAAAGGUGAAGGAGUUUUUUGUUAUGAACAUUCCAUUGGCGUCGCAUGUUCACCAGUUGAGUGAAGUUAUUUGGGGGUUAUUUGAA